AUGGCCAUCCGCGUGCGAAAUGCGGUUUUCACGAGCAGCGGUAUCGCCGCGCUGCUGGUGGCGUGCCUGCUGAGCGCAGGCGGGGGGGACUUCGCCACGGCGCAACCUGACUGGGCCUCGCGAUUGGUGCGCAGUUCUGCGUCGAAAGAAACAAUCGCGCCGCAACCAGACUCGCUGAUGGGGGGAGGUUCUGCGUCAAAAGAAACACUCGCGCCGCAAACUCUCCCUGCGCAGCUGGUGCGGCGGCGGCCAGACUGGGAGGCGCAGAUGGCGUCAAUCAUCCAGCAGGUGGCGAAUCAGACGUUCCUCUCCUCCUUUGGCCAGAUCUUCACCAGCUACUUCGAGUCGGAGCAGCUGUUCAUCGAUCUGGAUGCAACCAUCCUCAUCCCCACCAACGUCGGCUACUGGCGCUACGAAACCCAGUGGGACACCCUCACCCGCAAGCAGAAGCGCCGGCUACUCCGUUACCACAUUCUCAAGGGCCGUUACACCACGCAGCAGCUCCUGGACGCCACUCCUCUCACGCUCUUCCCGACGUUCAACCAGAACCUGCCAGUAAACAAGACUCUUAAGCCGAACGAAGUGUACUUCCAGUCGGUUCCGCCGACGAGGUUCGUGUCGCCGCUGAGCGUGCCAAAUGCUGGGCUGACGGAUGGUCCUCCAGCCGCCCAACCUCAACUAAACCUUGUCUUCGUGCAGCAAGAGGCGCUAUCCACUUCAGUAGCAUGUCAAAACAGCUCCAAGCCUCUGAUUUUUAGUAUAGAGGGGGCAUAA